CCUGCCCGCCGGGUUUUCCCCCCCUUCCUGCCGGUCCGUCGCUCGCAGCCCGUUAAAAAGAGGAGGCAAGAUGGCCGAGCUGGGCAGCAAGGGGGUCACAGCUGGGAAAAUCGCCAGCAACGUCCAGAAGAAGCUGACCCGGGCGCAGGAGAAGGUCCUUCAGAAGCUUGGUAAAGCAGAUGAAACAAAAGAUGAGCAGUUUGAACAGUGUGUGCAAAACUUCAACAAACAGCUGUCUGAAGGCACGAGGCUGCAGAAGGACCUCCGAACUUACUUGGCUUCUGUCAAAGCUAUGCAUGAGGCCUCCAAGAAGCUGACAGAGUGUUUGCAGGAAGUUUAUGAGCCAGAUUGGCCUGGGAGAGAUGACACAAAUAAAAUAGCAGAGAACAAUGAUCUCCUAUGGACGGAUUUCCAUCAGAAGCUGGUGGAUCAAGCACUUCUGACCAUGGAUACAUACCUUGGCCAAUUUCCAGAUAUUAAAUCUCGUAUCGCAAAGCGAGGAAGGAAGCUUGUGGAUUAUGACAGUGCCAGACACCACUUUGAAGCCCUGCAAACUGCAAAGAAGAAGGAUGAAACCAAAAUUGCAAAGCCUGUUUCGCUGCUUGAGAAAGCUGCGCCUCAGUGGUGUCAAGGGAAGCUACAAGCUCACCUCGUUGCACAAACUAAUCUGCUCCGAAAUCAGGCUGAAGAGGAGUUAGUAAAGGCUCAGAAGGUGUUUGAAGAGAUGAAUGUUGAUCUGCAGGAGGAACUGCCUUCACUAUGGAAUAGUCGUGUUGGUUUCUAUGUCAACACAUUCCAGAGUAUAGCUGGCCUAGAAGAGAACUUCCAUAAAGAAAUGAGCAAGUUGAACCAAAAUCUUCAUGAUGUCCUGCUGGGUCUAGACAAGCAGUACUCAGGCAACGCCUUCCCUGUUAAAGCACAGCCCAGAAAGAAAACUAAACUGUUCGCCAGGCUGAGGAAAAAGAUGAGCAGGUACCGUGACAGCACCCCAGCGAAAGCAAAUAAAAGCCCCUCGCCUCCACCAGAUGGAACUCCCAUCACCAGCCCUGAGACCAAGACUGUCAACCAUGAGCUGGAACCAUCCACUUUGGAAGCACCUGGGGCAAGCAUCCCAAAGUCACCAUCUCAGUUGAGGAAAGGGCCUCCGGUGCCUCCGCCUCCAAAAGUCACCCCCUCCAAGGAGAUCAAGCAGGAGAACAUCAUCAGUCUGUUUGAUGACAAUUUUGUCCCCGAGAUAAGUGUGACAACCCCUUCGCAGUUUGAUGCCCCUGGGCCCUUCCAGGAGGGAGCCAGCCUGUUGGAUCUGGAUUUUGAUCCCAUUAAACCAGAUGCCACUGUGGGGAAGACCCCCACACCCGCCUCCCAGUCUUUACCUUGGGAUUUAUGGGAGCCUGCAGAAGCAGCCCGUGCAGGAGCUGAAGCAGCUGGAUCAGAAGAAGCAGCUGGAGCUGAAGCAUCUAAAACUGAAGCUGACUCAGGAUCGAGCUCUCUGCCUGCUGUUGUUGUGGAGACUUUCCCUGCAACUGUCAAUGGCACUGUGGAAGGAGGUGCUUCAUCUGAGAGAGCUGACAUGCCCCCAGGAUUUCUGUUCAAGGUCCAGGCCAUGCACGAUUACACGGCCACCGACACUGACGAGCUGCAGCUGAAGGCCGGGGAUGUGGUGCUUGUGAUUCCAUUUGAGAACCCUGAGGAGCAGGACGAAGGAUGGCUGAUGGGUGUGAAGGAGUCUGACUGGAUCCAGCAUAAGGAACUUGACCAAUGCCGAGGGGUUUUCCCUGAGAAUUUCACAGAACGGGUGCAGUGAAAGUCCAAGCCCACCAGCUGCAUUUCUGCUGGAAGAAAGCAAGUUUUCUGGUAGAUAACUGAAAAAGAACAACAAAAGGAAAUGAAGAGAGAAUUAUGAAGGAAUAGAAGCCUGAAAAAAAGUCAACUUUUAAGUUGACACACCUUUAAGGGUGUGAUCUUCUCAAAGGGCGAGGUUUCAGAAGUUAAUUGAAAUUCGAAGUGUUAUUGAAAUAUAUACAUAUUAAUAAUAAUAAUAAUAAGGCAAUUCAGAUACCCUCUUCCCCUUUGGUUUAAACAGCAUUUGGAUUCAAAGGACUGAUGCAGAAGCAACUCAAUGAGGUUCUUCAUGUACUGCAUUGACUGAAUUGUCAGAUGUCAGUCUGAUUCCUGGAAAGGCAGUAUUUGUCAAAUGGCUUGAAAGUAGAAGCUGCAUUUGCUCUUGGGUGGGUUAAUCUGUUUUGUCUUGAAGGUGGCUUGCAUGGCAACCAUAAAAAAUCAGCCUUCCUUACAUCUUCAACAUACAGUAGGCCAAACUUUGUUAUGCUGUUGAAAAAAAAUUUAGUGUAUAGUGUUCACCACUACAGUGUAUGUGUGUGUGUGUGUGUGUAUUUUAUUUUCUUCCUUUAAAACAAUGUUACAUAAACUGUGAUUUCAUACAUGUAAAGAUAGAAGAAACUACAUGGAAAGGGCAUGAAGAAGGUGAAAUGUGUGAAGCUGUGCUCAGUCCAAAGUUCUUUCAAAUGCGGAUACCUAAAUCCUCACAGUAGUGUUGGCCUUUGAAAUCCAAAGGGGAAUGGAGAAAUCCAAGAGGUGAAACAAGACAAAACAAACAGAUGCCAUUUGGAUGUCUCUGAAAUUUAGGAGAGGGAAUCCUCUAGUACACACAUCCCCAUCCCCUACCCCUCCAGAAAAACCUCAAACCUAUUGGUGGUUUCGGAAAAGCUUAGAUUCAUGUAGAUGGAAAAUAGCUCUAAAAUCUACUGGAUAGAAAAUUUGCUUUUAAAGACAGAGAUAAGGGAAGAAUUUUUUUUUUCUGUAAGAAUAUCAAAGAGAAAACACUGAUAAAAAACAAAUUACUUUCCAUGCUUUUCAUUGGCGUUGUUUUUUUGUGGAAUUGUAUUACUUAUUUUCCUCUGAAGAGUUCUGUAAGUGAAAUAUCGUUAGAUCAGCUUUCUCCAGUGCUGUGCUGAUGAUCAAGUUAACCUCCAUGAAAACUGAACUCUUGAAAUGCUUGUUUAAAAUGGCUGUGUGACUUCAUGCUAUUGUAAUGCAUUAGAAAGGAAGGCAAGAAUAUCAAAGUGUCAGUGUCAAGAAGACACGCUGCAGUCUAAUACUGAUGCUGAGUCCUUUCCUUUACCUUUCCUUUGCUUCUGUUUGUUUUUGAAUUUUGUUUUGGGUUUUUUUUUUUUUUUUUUUUAGUUUAGACAAGCAGAUGACAAGGCAUAUUCUAAGUGCAUAUUACACUUGUUAAUAUAAGCCAGUCUGGCUAUCCAAGACUCUAAAGUCCCACAAAGGUACUUUAUAAACUUUACUUGAAUACUGCUGCAGCUGGCAAGCAAGUCAGGCUAUUUUAAUUUUUUACAGCUUCCCCUCUUCCCCCAUGAUCAUUUUGCCCUGAAGGGAUUUUUAACAGUGAGGUUACGCCAUGCUCAGGAUCACUCUGAAAUAAUCUUCCAAACUGGUAGGAGUUGGCUUUUGUCAAAGCUGCACAAAAUGCUGACAGAGUACUGAAAAUCUCACCUUUUCCAGUCUGUUUGGAUUAUUUAUAGAACAACAGAAAAACAUUGUAGGGCAAAAAUUGUGCUUAAAAAAAAAAACACAACAACUUAGUUUGGAGGAACAGAUCUGAUUUUGAUUAGAAAAUCUAUUCUUAUAGAUGCAAGCAAUGUUGGAGUUCCUCCUGCUUUCAGCUGGGGAGAUGAUCCAUGCUAGUUAUUUACAGCAAUGUAACAAGCAUUAAAUCUGUCCUAUAUACCCAAAUCCCUUCUCUUUUUUAAAAGAAAAAAUGUGCAGGUAUUUAUUUUGCAUCACUGUUAGAAACCCCAAUAGUAUUUAGGAGUAACUGCUCACAAUACAGAAGGACUGGACUCCACAAAUUAUAGUAUGGUGAGCUGUUGCUUUAGAAUACUGACUGGUUUGACUUUUUUUUCCUUUUUCAUCAGGGUUGUCUUUAUUAUUACUCUUUUUUGUUUUUCAAAAUAUCUAUUUUUAUGCAUUUGUGACUCCCAUUACUCCUUUAAAGAUUAUUCAUAUAAAAAUAUACAUUUAAAUAUACAUAGAAAUAUAUAUAUAUAAAAAAGCGGGUUGAUCCAAUUAACAUAAUGCUGUCAGCUUGAAAUGUUUAUUUUUAUGCAAAACCUGUGGAUAAUAGCUUUGUUUUUUUUUAAAAAAAGGACAAGAUUCUAAGUUACCAGAGCUGUGAUUUUUGUCUUGUAGUAACUGUUCUAGACCAUUUAGAAAGCUGUGCUGAUACCUAAUUUAUUGUGGGUUUUUUUUUGCUGUUGUUGUCCUCUGCUGUGCUUGAACCAGAUGACUGUCCCAACAAAGAUCCUUGUAAGGCCUUUUCAUUUUAUUGAGCUUGCAGAGCAACUAUCCAGUACUGUAUUGUCCCUGCAGAAGUGGUAGCACUUCGCAAAAAAGGGAUGUUGUUUUCAGGUCACGUGAGUGAUGCUCCAGUGUUGCUGGUGGGGAGAGUGUUGUGUCUCUUUCCAUUUGCUUCCCCUGACCCCAAAACCCCCAAGCCCCCUGGCUUAGAGCAGGUUAGGGUGGGUUACCUGGAUCUUGCAUUGCUCACAAUGAGUGGUGUUAGCACAUCUCAGUCAGGUUCUGAAAAUGCGGGAUCAGACCCACAGUUUAUAAAUUGCCUUAUGUGAAGGUAGGAUGGCAGAGCAGGAAACUCGUAGAUGGCAGUGUUCUUUAGAGCCAGGAGAUCUGUCUCCUGGGUCGUUCAGCCCCUUGUAAACAGCCAUGGCUCCUCCCAUUUUCAGUGUUUUUACAUCUCCUAAAUACCUUGAUUCUGGUUGGUAUUACCUGGUGAAAUGAACUUCCCCUUUGGUUUAGAUCUGAUUCAAAUAGAAAGAGGGACAGUAAACUCCCAAGUAGGCUGUGCCCUUCUGGCUUUUCAGUUUGCAGGCUGAACUGAAAAAAACUGAGAAAAAGUGUAAGGGUCACCUGAGACAAUUUUUUUUUUCCAUUUUCUCAGUGGAAUGAAAAAGGGAAAAAUUGAAACAAACAAAUCCUUUCAUACCAAAAUGAAAAAUUAAUUUAUAGGCUUGCAUUUUAACAAAUGGUAUGUCUUGGGCUGUAACAAGUUGCUUUGAAGCAAAAAUGUGAAAACUUCUGUUUUGAAAAUGCUGAAAGAAAAUGUUUUAAUGUUAAUAGUCCUUUUGCCUUUGCCUUUUUUCUUAAUCUGAUGACUGGUUUCAGUUAACUCUAAACUGUAUUUUUUUGCAAACACAUUAUCCAGUGAAGAGAACCCAAAGAAGCCCAGUUCUGCUCCACUGACAGAUACACUGGACACAUUUCAGGGAUUACUUGGUAUCUGGCCCAUCAAAGCUGCUGUUUUCCCCAUUUAAUAAUCUUCCACUUGAUUGUUCUACUGGGUGACAAAUAAAAGCAUCUCUCAUCCCGUGC